AUGGAGAAGAUUCGGCAUGAAUUCCGAGGGGAUACUGAAGGCGUCAGCAUGAUAGCGCCGAACGGGCAUGAAGAAGAAGAUAGUGAUUCUAUCACAAGGGUGUUCCAAAAUAAAAGUGGUGUCCAGCAGAGUAAAGAAAAGAAAACAUCAUCAGCUCAUUCAAUGACAAUUCCUGGCUUCAGCUCAGCGAAUGACACCAAUCAUACUUGUCAAAUGUCGCGAAAAAUAUCAUCAGAGAUCAUUGCUUUUGGAAACCAGCAAACUGGCACUGCACAGAAGACAAACACAGAGGAUAAUAGUUUAAGCUUGCUUAAUGAUCACUCAUAUGAUAUCUGGGGUACUAUCAGGAACGCUGCAGAGAAAAGCAUCCAAGCUAUUAACUUGCUGUUGGCUCAGUUGGAGAUGGAGCUCUACGGGCUAGUUCAAGUUUGGCAUAUCAAUUCUUGUUUCAUGGAGGUAAGGAUGAUGGGAGUUUUGAGGGGGCCUAGAGACCAUAUGCUUCUAUGCAAGUCAGUGUUUUUGCUGUCUGUCAUUGCAUGGAGGAGGUAUGUUGCCAUGCAAAACCAGAUACAAGCUAUUAUAGAGUCUCAAAAUAACAGCACAAUACUAGGUGUUGCAAAAGGACCGACAAUGCUUAGAAAUGAAUUCUGCAAUGCGUCCAUGGUUGAAACUGGCACUCAAGUUCAGACGUUUAUGUCUCUCUCCAAUUCAGCUACUUCUCCUUUUGAUACUCUUUCAGUGGCAGCAGUAGACCCAAAUUCUUCUGCUGUCAGCAUACUCAAAGGCUCACUGAAAAAUAAAAGGCUUGCUAGAGAAGUAACUUCCAAUGUGGUUUCAAAUAUUCAAACAGAAAAUUCGAUGACAAAAGUUGAGAUAUCGUUGGAGUCAAAUACUGAAGCAUUUCUUAGUCCAGUAAAUCAGUUCAGAACUGGGACAGUGUCUCAAGAACCAUCACAGAUCGGAUCAUCUACCGCAGUGCUUGCCUUCUCCACUGGCUUUGAUGCAUGUGAUGAUCUUGUCAAUUCAGCACAAACUAAUUCCAUUUGUGAGAGUACCAAAAGGCCUAUAGGAAGUCAAAAUUGGAAUCAUAAAUCCGUAGAUUAUGGAGAAAACACGUUACAAAACAAUGUGAAGGAUGACAGAAAGUUAUCUGCAAUCCAUAGUCCUCCAUCGAAGAGAAGUUAUGCAGAAGACAAGGGCGAUCCUACAAAGAAGCGCCUGGUCGAGCUUUCAAGGAAAAUGGCAGAUGCAAAAGAGAGAAGUUUGGCACCUGCUUUGCCGCCAGAUAUGCAAGCAGUUCUUAAGCGCUGCGAAACGCUUGAGAAGGAAGUUAGAUCGCUGAAACUUAACCUCUCAUUUAUGAAUAGCACACUUUCUAUCAACAACUUUGGCAUCUUCUUUUUAUCUUACAUGGCCACUACAGCCUUUGUGGGAGCCUAUUUGAAAGUCAUGAAACCACUGCAUGAAAAUUAUACUGCUGGUGUCUUUCACUAG